AUGGCGAGCGGUGCCGCCAGGUACCGGCUGAGUUGCUCGCUCCCAGGCCACGAGCUGGAUGUGCGGGGCCUGGUAUGCAGCCUCUAUCCGCCGGGGGCCUUUGUGUCCGUGUCCCGAGACCGCACCACCCGUCUCUGGGUCCCAAACAGUCCUAACAGGGGCUUUACAGAAAUGCACUGUAUGAGUGGCCACUCCAAUUUUGUAUCUUGUGUAUGCAUCAUACCUUCAAGUGAUAUGUACCCUCAUGGACUAAUUGCCACUGGAGGAAAUGACCACAAUAUUUGUAUUUUCUCACUGGAAAGUCCAGCACCACUUUAUAUACUAAAAGGUCACAAAAAUACUGUUUGCAGUCUUUCAUCUGGAAAAUUUGGGACAUUACUUAGUGGCUCAUGGGAUACCACUGCUAAAGUGUGGCUGAAUGACAAGUGCAUGAUGACCUUACAGGGUCAUACAGCUGCAGUAUGGGCGGUAAAGAUCUUACCUGAACAGGGCUUAAUGUUAACUGGAUCAGCAGACAAGACUAUUAAGCUGUGGAAAGCUGGAAGAUGCGAGAGGACUUUUUCAGGGCAUGAAGACUGUGUACGAGGUUUAGCAAUUUUGAGUGAAACAGAAUUUCUUUCCUGUGCAAAUGAUGCUAGUAUUAGAAGGUGGCAAAUCACUGGCGAGUGUCUUGAAGUAUAUUAUGGACAUACCAACUAUAUUUAUAGCAUAUCUGUUUUUCCAAAUUGUAAAGAUUUUGUGACAACGGCAGAAGACAGAUCUCUGAGAAUCUGGAAACGUGGGGAAUGUGCCCAGACAAUCCGACUUCCAGCUCAGUCUAUAUGGUGCUGCUGUGUUCUAGCCAAUGGUGACAUUGUGGUUGGUGCGAGUGAUGGUAUUAUUAGAGUGUUUACGGAAUCAGAGGAUCGGACAGCAAGUGCUGAGGAAAUCAAGGCUUUUGAAAAAGAACUCUCUCAGGCAACCAUUGAUUCUAAAACCGGUGAUUUAGGGGACAUUAAUGCUGAGCAGCUUCCUGGGAGGGAACAUCUGAAUGAACCUGGUACUAGAGAAGGACAGACUCGUCUAAUCAAAGAUGGGGAGAAAGUCGAAGCCUAUCAGUGGAGUGUUAGCGAAGGGAGGUGGAUAAAAAUUGGUGAUGUUGUUGGCUCAUCUGGUGCUAAUCAGCAAACAUCUGGAAAAGUUUUAUAUGAAGGAAAAGAGUUUGAUUAUGUUUUCUCAAUUGAUGUCAAUGAAGGUGGACCAUCGUAUAAAUUGCCAUAUAACGUCAGUGAUGAUCCUUGGUUAACUGCAUACAACUUCUUACAGAAGAAUGAUUUGAAUCCCAUGUUUUUGGAUCAAGUGGCUAAAUUUAUUAUUGAUAACACGAAAGGUCAAACCUUAGGACUUGGGAACACCAGUUUUUCAGAUCCUUUUACAGGUGGUGGUCGGUAUGUUCCAGGGUCUUCAUCAGGAUCUGCUAACACGCUGCCUGCGGCAGAUCCUUUUACAGGCAGUGGUCGUUAUGUGCCAGGGUCUGCCAGUAUGGGGACUACCAUGGCUGGAGCUGAUCCAUUUACAGGCAAUAGUGCCUACCGAUCAGCUGCAUCUAAGACGGUGAAUAUUUAUUUCCCUAAAAAAGAGGCUGUCACUUUUGACCAGGCAAACCCUACACAAAUAUUAGGUAAACUGAAGGAACUUAAUGGAGCUGCAUCUGAAGAGAAGAAGUUAACGGAGGAUGACUUGAUACUUCUUGAAAAGAUACUGUCUCUAAUAUGUAAUAAUUCUUCAGAAAAACCCACAGCCCAGCAACUUCAGAUUCUGUGGAAAGCUAUUUACUGGCCUGAAGAUAUUGUCUUUCCUGCACUUGACAUUCUUCGGUUGUCAAUUAAACAUCCCAGCGUGAACGAGAACUUCUGCAACGAAAAGGAAGGGGCUCAGUUCAGCAGUCAUCUUAUCAGUCUUCUGAACCCUAAAGGAAAGCCGGCAAACCAGCUGCUUGCUCUGAGGACUUUUUGCAAUUGUUUUGUUGGCCAGGCAGGACAAAAGCUCAUGAUGUCCCAAAGGGAAUCUCUAAUGUCACAUGCAAUAGAACUGAAAUCAGGGAGCAAUAAGAACAUUCACAUUGCUCUGGCUACAUUGACCCUGAACUAUUCUGUUUGUUUUCAUAAAGACCAUAACAUUGAAGGGAAAGCUCAGUGCUUGUCAGUAAUUAGCACAGUCUUGGAAGUUGUACAAGACCUCGAAGCCACUUUUAGACUCCUUGUGGCUCUUGGGACACUUAUCAGUGACGAUUUAAAUGCUGUACAGUUAGCCAAGUCUUUAGGUGUUGAUUCUCAAAUAAAAAAGUAUGCCUCAGUAUCAGAACCAGCUAAAGUAAGUGAAUGCUGUAGACUUAUCCUAAAUUUACUGUAACAAUGGGGACGGGAACUGAGAUUUUAAAUUGAUUAGUGGUUUUUUCCCUCAUGUUUUACAUGACUGAUUACAGAUGUUAAAAAAAAAAAAAAGGAUGCUGUGGAAUAAGUAAAAUUUCAGAUCUUGUAAAGUGGGGGAGGGUAAGAGGAGACAAAGAAGAAAUAAAAUUUUUGCACUGAUGAACUGUGAGAUUUUCCUGUGUGAUGUGGGUAAGUUUUCAGGAGUUUAGAAACAAAUUAAGAAUGAGCUAAAAUCAACAACAAUGCAACUAUUACAGUGGCAUAAUGUACAUACCUCUGCUGCAUGAAAGAAGAUAAGAGCUUUUAUUUAUAUAAUUUACUCUUGCUAUUUAUAUAAUACCCCCAAACUGUUUUACUUGUUGGUGAUUGUCUUUUAUUUAAUUUCUGCUCUACUCACUUCCAUUGCUGAUUCUUUCAACAACCCCAAUACAAAGUACGUUAUAAUUUUCAGAAAUUAAGUUCUAAAUUAUUCCGUAUAUCCAAAAGAUACGAUUUAUUCAUUUAAGUUACUUGUAAAUAGAAAUUGUAUUUGUUUGAUGGCUUAUUUUUUAUUUUGAGACAGACAGAGUAUGAGCGGGAGGAGGGGCAGAGAGAGAAGACAGAGUCCCAAGCAGGCUCCAUCUCACAAACCACAAUAUCACGACCUGAGCCAAAAUCAAGAGUUGGACGCUUCACCUACUGAGCCACCCAGGCGCCCUGAUGGUUCAUUUUUACAUGAAGGAAAAGCAACCUACUAAGCUGUGUUAGGUUGUGUAUCACUUCAGAUAGAUGAGGCCCCAAACAAAUUAACUCCAGGCUUGUGCUCCAGUUUCUUUUGCCCCUGUCUAUUGGAGGUAACUUCAUUAUUCAUUCCAGUUUUGAAAUUAGUUCAUUUUUGGUCAUUUCCUUUGUCUCAAAAGGAAUUUGGAAUGUGUUGAGUUUUCGAAAGCAUUUGUGCAAGCCAGAACCAUGCUAUUUACAAGUCCAGAGCCUAUCAUGUGAAACUUACUAUUUUUGAGUUCUUAACACUGGCCAGGCACUGUGGUAACCACUUUGAUAUUUAAUUCCCAAAACCUCUUAAAUGGAGGGUGAUGUUGUCUCUAUUUUCAGAAGUAAAGAUAAUAGGAUGAAUCAUGAUGAGAAAAAAAGAAAAGUACUAUACUUCCUACAGAGAA